UGAAUUACCGAAGUUUACGCAGAGAAGAAAGCAGCGAUGCCUGAAUCAACCGAGCACGUGGAGGAGGCAAAUAUAUCUCCCAUUUGCCCCCACAACGAGGACACUGAGGACGAGGACGUUGGGGGGGCAAAUACCACUCCUAUGUGUCCCCCCAACGAGGACGUUAAGGACGAGGAUGUUGAGAGCGCAAAAACGACUUCUGUUUGCCCGCCCAAAGUUCGCCGCGUAUUAGUAGCAGGUGUAGUUGGUCUAAUUGUAGGUGCUCUUGUAGCUGGUCUACUAGCUGGUUUUAAUGGGUAUUGGAAGGGUAAAAGUGAGUGUGUCAAGGACCCCAGUGCUAAUUGCCCUUUCUCAAAAGCUGCUGUGGCCGCAGACUCCGAGAAAUGUUCACAGAUUGGACGGGACAUUCUUCAGAAAGGCGGCUCUGCAGUAGAUGCUGCCAUUGCUGCGCUGCUGUGCACCUCCAUCAUCAACCCACAGUGCGCGGGGAUCGGAGGCGGGGUCAUAUUCACUGUGAUGGACAGAUCCGGUAAAGUGAAAAUCAUCACCUCCAGAGAGACUGUCCCCAGAAAUGUGAACUCUGACCUGCUUAAGUCGUGUCCUAAAACCACAGAGUGGACCAUGGAGUGGAAGCAAGAUAGCAGAUGGAUUGGGGUUCCUGGGGAAAUUCGAGGUUAUGAAGUGGCACACCGGCUUUAUGGGAAGUUGAAGUGGGCUGAACUCUUUAAGCCGACCAUCAAAUUAGCCAGAGAAGGAUUCCCUAUUCCUUACUACCAAGGUCAACACAUUCCACGCAUUGGCAACACGUCACUACGGGAGUUAUAUUUGGAUAAAAAUGGGAACAUACUUAAGACUGGUGAUACUGUGAAAUUUGAGAAACUUGCUGACACUUUGGAGACGAUCGCAAACGAGGGACCAGAUGCGUUUUACAACGGAACAAUAGCGAAGAAUUUAAUCAGUGACAUACAGAAAGCAGGAGGAAACCUCACACUGCAGGACUUGGCAUCAUAUGAAGCUAAAGUGACUGAUGCGUGGAAUAUUUCUUUGGGAGACUACCGGAUGUACUUCCCUCCGCCUCCUUCAGGAGGAGCCAUCCUCAGCCUCAUCCUCAACAUCAUGAAAGGAUACAAAAUGAAUUCGGAACCUAAGACGACUGAUGAAAAGAUUUUGUUUUAUCACCGUUAUAUUGAAGCUUUAAAAUUUGCCAAUGGAUUAAAGAAACAUAUCAGAGAUCCAAAGUUCAGCUCAGAUAAAACGGCAAAGAAUUUGACAGAGGAUAGCUUUGCCAACCGCAUACGGAGCUUGAUCAGCAGCGACAAGACUCAUGAUCCCCAGUAUUACGGCAAAAACUCGUAUCUGGACAGCAUCGGCACCACACAUUUAUCUGUGCUGGCUGCAGAUGGAUCUGCUGUGUCUGUCACCAGCAGCAUCAAUGACGAAUUUGGGUCCAAUGUCAUCUCUUCAAGCACUGGAAUCAUCCUCAACAACCACCUAAAUGACUUUUGUGGUAGAGCUGAUAACAUCUUUCAUGGGGAGCGGCCUCCCUCCAAUAUGGCCCCAUCUGUGCUGAAGUCUAAGUCAAAGACGCUGGUGAUUGGAGGGUCUGGUUCUGAAAUGAUUCCACCGGCAGUGGCCUCGGCGCUCAUGAACCACCUUUGGUUUGGAAAGAGUCUUAAGGAGGCAAUUGAUACUCUGGUUGUUCUUGUAGACUCUCAAAGUGAAGUAAAACUUGAAUCCAAACUUGAAAAGGAUGUAGUUGAUGGUCUUGAAGCUCUGGGACAUAAAGUAGCAAAAUUCUACAACACAGUUAACGCUGUGGAAAAGGCGGGCAGCUGUAUCUCUGCAUGGUCUGAUGAAAGGAAAAAAGGCAAAGCAGCUGGUUACUGACACCAAGAGUCAGUGAUGUUAGUUAUACAGCAUGGUCUUAAGGUUAUGAUAGCAGAGGUGUAGGUUUUAAUGUUUUCAGAAAUCUCUCAGUCAGAACAUGGUAUAUUAUGUUUAAGUGGAAACUAGCGAGCUAACUCCCUGCUAACUUCUAACUCUGUUAAAUUUAAUAAAUUCUGUUUUCAUGGAUGCCUGGAUGUUAAACUUAAAUGUUACACCUGGCUGAUCAUUUUAUUAAAGAUGAAAGAAUUUAGACAGUUUGUAACUCUCAAUGAUGCCACAGUGUUCGUUUGAGUUUGGGACCCAGAAACGGUUAAUGACGUCAAACUUAAAGACCUGAUAACUAUUUCAAACUAUUUACAGAACACUAAUAGGAAAGGGUGGUUUUGUUUCCCUCAGUAAACAUAAACAACGAUAGUAUUCAGGAAAAAACAUUAAAUAUAUAUUUUUUAUCAUGACUCUAGUUUUACGUGGCCUUUCAACACACUUUUAACACAAAAGUGGAGACUCGGGGUUGUCUUGGCUUGUUGCUAUGUCAUCUUAAAUUGGUCCUGUGAUUGGUUUAGCAUGGCUAUUUUUCCUCAGCAAAUCAGCAGCACUUGUGUAAUUGUUUCGCCCUGAAGACAGCUUCAACUGUCUGAGUGUUGAAAAAUAGUAACGCGUCCGCACUGUAUUUUCUUGUUAGAAAGGGUAACUGCGAUGUAAAGACAGAAUAGUAAUUAGAUUACUAGUUACUGAUAAAAGUACUUUUAACGCCAAUAUUCACGUCACUGCUCAUGUGUCUAAAAAAAGUUUGUAAUAUUGAAAACAUAAUGUGAUGAUCAGAUUAUUUAAAUCCCAAAUUUAAUGCAAAAUAGUGCAAAGACAGCAUUGUAAACUAGAAUGUUUUUGAAAAAUGUUAGGGAUUUAUAUAUCUGCCUCAAUUUUAUACAAUCAAUAUGACCUUUUAAAUAUUUGUUCAUCAUAAAUCAUAGAAUAUAAAAAAACAAGGACACAGCUUUCAGGUUGAAAUGUGAAGCCUGUGUCUAUGUUUCUUCAACCUGCAUCAGGCCAGCAGGAAGAGACUGACUGCAGAAAUCUUUGGUUACAUAAAAGAUUGUUGGAAAAAGAGCUACAGAGUUCAUGUUCCAUUCCACCUUUAAACAAUUCACAUUUUCAAGUCUCAUCAAAUUCAUGUUUACUUUGUAAAUUUUAGCCCACUGGAUUGUUCAGAAGGGAGAGAAAGUAAGGUACACUUUAGGGCAGCCCUCAGUUAUCUAUCAAUUGAUUUGUAGCUUAAAGAAAUAAACAAAACCAAAAACAUUAGGAGUCUUACUGUUACAGGCAUGUCAGCAUCAACAAUGCUAGAUCUCACACACUGUUAGAGCCAAAUAGAAAGGUCAGGUUUUUAUCUGAAUAUUAUAAACCACAUUUAAAUGCUUUUCAAUAUUAGUUUUUUUUCUUCAUUUUGCAUAUUAAGAUUUUUUGCUCAGUUCAUCUUGCUAUUGUUUUGCUGUUAGACAGUGUGGGUAAUUCUGCUGAUGUGCUCAGGGUAAAAGUUAAUCAGAAAAGGAGUUUGAAAAGCAACAGUUUUCUUUUUAUAGCUGUUUAAUGUGUUUUAUUGAUAGGAAUAGAUAACCCGGACUUGAACUGAAAAUGUUUUAUUUUGAAACUGCCAGUUUUGUGUACAAUAAAUUCCUUUCUUCAGUGUUUAA